AUGGGUGAACCCUCCCCCUCCUCCUCAUCGAAACCAAGGACUCCGCCGGCACGUCAUCAGUCCAUAAUCUCUGCUGAGGGGGAAGAUCCCAGCUCGCCAGUCUCCCUUCUCAUCAGAUUCUCCAUCUCGCUCCCCGAUCUGCCCAUCUACGUGCCGGCCUCUGCCAAUACCUUAGUCUCAACUUUAAAGUCGCACGUCCGCUCCUUGCUUCCACCCGACCAGUCCAGACGCAGACUGCGACUGAUUCACGCGGGAAAAGUCCUCUCCGACUCGGCCACCCUCGCCUCGCAAUUACAGAUCCCCCCCGCCCCACCCCCGAGAGAUGUGGAUAAGAAGGGGAAAGGGAAGGAGGUUGAAGUCGGAGAUGCGCAUAGAGCCGUGUACAUACACUGCAGUGUCGGCGACGAACUCUCCGAGGAAGAUUUAGCAAAGGAAGCGAACCAACAAGAGGUUGUAACCCAUAUGUCUAUCUAUCCUCCCUUACCUCUAUUUCUUUCUUUUUUUUUUGCCCUCACUAACAAAUAUUACUACAAUUGCGAUACAGCUCCCAAACCACCCGAAUCGCCAGCAAGUCUCCACCCUGCCUCAACCCCGCGGCUUUGAUCGCCUCCUCUCUGCCGGCUUCUCGGAAUCCGAUGUGGCGGCCCUGCGCUCCCAGUUCAACCGGCUCCACGGCGACGACGAGGAGAAUGUGCGCAUGCUGGAGGACCGCUGGAUCGACGAAUCCGCUGGGCAGGGCGGUGAGCUGGCGGACGGUAGUCCCGCCGGCAGCUAUGAGGAUGUAUUCCUGGGAACCACCAUCGGCUUCUUCUGGCCCGUGGCCGUCUUCCUGAUGAGGGAGGAGGAUGUCUUUUCCAAGCGCAUGCAGAUGUCCAUCAUCGCAGGAGUUUUAGUCAAUUUGACGUUUUGCCUUUUGCGCUACUCCUCAACCUAGGCACAUUGUCUGCCUUGUGCGAAUACUUGUAAAAAAAAAACAAAUUUUUGAAUGAUGGUUUAUACUGCUGUUAUCACGGCAUGUCUGUCUGUGUCUGUCUGUCAAAAGAGAGAGAAAGAAAGAAAAAAAAACUAUUACACCUGUACUGUUAUCAUACAUGCCAUGACACAAUACCUCCUACUCCGCAAUUC